CUUAUUUCAACAUCUGCCUCGAGCAGGCCGCGCUGUCACCUCUUCGCUACCGCCACGGUAGCAUCGUCGUCAAAGGCGGCAAGGUCAUUGGCAAGGGUUUCAACGACUUCCGUCCGGGCUAUGACGGCGGCCAUGUCAUUUCCUCUCAGGAGAGUAGCCGUCUUGACCAGGCGCUUCCAGGUACUAACGCUGCUCUGAGCAUGCACGCCGAGAUGGCGGCCAUCCAUGCGAUUGUUUCCAAGCGUGGUUCGGUUCCCAUCUCCUACAUUGGGAAAGCGCGCUUCCGGCUACCGGGUAAACAUUUGAAGUGCAUCGAAGAUGUCGACCACGCCAUCGCCGAGGCCGGCGAGCGCAUGCGCCGCGCCCAAAUGAAGCACUAGCGCACCGCUGCGGUUCGGGCCGCCGAGUGGCGUUUUGAAGCGUGCAAGUGCGAAGCCGGCUCGGUGGUACCAGUAUAUGAAUGCGUAUCGACAACAAGAGCAGCAGCAGCAGCGGGUUCCGAUGUGCAACCACCGCACCAACAAAUUACAGCAAAACAAUUCUAAAUUCCAGCGCUUAGUUGAGCAUGAGCUUAGAUAUGGAUACCUGGACCGCCCGAUCCCCAGUCAGGGUGUUACAGUGACCACAGGCGCCCACAGCCAGGGACCCCUCGGCGUAGAAUCAUCAGUCCGAGGCAAGAAGCGUGAUGUAGAAGUAUCAGUAUGCCAAGACUCACCAGCCCAAACACACGAAGCCAAAUCGCAGGAGAAAACAGCGUCGCAAUACGGCGGGCAAACGCAGUCCUACCCGGUAUGA